CAAGACUCUCAAACACGGCACACCAGUUUUGCUGUCUCUGACUAGAUCGGGGGUCGGCAACCCGCGGCUCCGGAGUCACAUGUGGCUCUUUUACGUCUGUGCUGUGGCUCCCUGUUGCUUUGGGAAAUAAUUGUUAGACCUGCGGUGAGAGAUUUAUUGGAAGAAAAACCCACAACUGGAAGCAAACCACGACUGAAAAUGAGGGAACAGCAGCAAGUGAACCAGCCCGAGGACUGAGAGCACUGACUGGAGAGAAACCCUUCUGACUCAGGAUUUCCAUUGAUUCAGUCAGGAGCAAGUCUGGUUAAAUAUGACAAGGAAUUUCUCUACGGGAAUCUCGAACACAACACGCCAGUUUUGCUGUCUCUGUCCAGAUAUUUAGGAAGAGGAGCAAGGGAUUCACUCGAUCAUCAGAACAACUGGCGUGCCGGUCAUUUUACACGGGGGGAAUGCAUUCAUCUGCUCAGACAGUGGGAACGGAUUCACUCGGUCAUUUCAACUGAAGGUACAUCAGCAAGUUCACACCGGACAAGGCCAUUCACCUGUUGUAAGUGUGAGAAGGGAUCUAGUCAGUUAUCCCACUUGUGGACACACCAGUCAGUUCACACUGGGCAGAGGCUGGUCAUUUGCUGAGUUUGUGGGGAAUGAAUCACUCGAUCAACUAACCGAAUGGCACACCAGUCAGUUCACACUAGAGAGAGGCCAUUCACCUGCUCAGACUGUGGGAAGGGAUUCACUUGCUCAUCUAACCUGAAGGAACAUCAGAGAGUUCACACUGGGGAGUGGCCGUUCACCUGCUCAGACUGUGGGAAGGGAUUCACUUCAUUGUCCCAACUGAAGGUACAUCAGCGAGUUCACACCGGGGAGAGGCCAUUCUCCUGCUCAGACUGUGGGAAGGGAUUCACUUGCUCAUCUAAACUAAAGGAACAUCAGAGAGUUCACACUGGAGAGAGGCCGUUCACCUGCCUAGACUGUGGGAAGGGAUUCACUUGCUCAUCUGAAUUGAAGGGACAUCAGCGAGCUCAUACUGGAGAGAGGCCAUUCACAUGCUCAGACUGUGGGAAGGGAUUCACUCGACCAUCCCACCUACAGCUGCACAGGUCUGUUCACACUGGGGAGCGGCCGUUCACCUGCUCAGACUGUGGGAAGGGAUUCACUUGCUCAUCUAAACUGAAGGAACACCAGCGAGUUCACACUGGGGAGAGGCCAUUCACCUGCUCAGACUGUGGGAAGGGAUUCACUUCUUCGUCCCAACUGAAGAUACAUCAGCGUGUUCACACUGGACAGAGGCCAUUCACCUGCUCAGUGUGUGGGAAGGGAUUCACUAAAUCAUCUCACCUACUUAGCCACCAGUCAGUUCACACUGGUGAGUGGCCGUUCGCCUGCUCAGACUGUGGAAAGGGAUUCACUCAGUCAUCUAAACUGAAGGAACAUCAGAGAGUUCACACUGGGGAGUGGCCGUUCACCUGCUCAGAAUGUGGGAAGGGAUUCAUUAAAUCAUCUCACCUACAGUUGCACAGGUCUGUUCACACCGGGGCGAGGCCGUUCACCUGCUCAGACUGUGGGAAGGGAUUCACUUGCUCAUCUAAACUGAAGAUACAUCAGCGAGUUCACACUGGGGAGAGGCCAUUCACCUGCUCAGUGUGUGGGAAGGGGUUCACUCAGUCAUCUGAACUGAAGGUACAUCGGCGAGUUCACACUGGGGAGAGGCCAUUCACCUGCUCAGACUGUGGGAAGGGAUUCACUAAAUCAUCUCACGUACUGAGACACCAGUCAGUUCAUACUGGCGAGCGGCCGUUCACCUGCUCAGACCGUGGGAGGGGAUUCACUUGUUCAUCUCAACUGAAGGUACAUCAGCAAGUUCACACUGAGGAGAGGACAUUCACCUGCUCAGUGUCUGGGAAGGGAUUCACUCAGUCAUCCCAACUGAAGGUACAUCAGCGAGUUCACACUGGAGAGAGGCCAUUCACCUGCUCAGACUGUGGGAAGGGAUUCACUUGCUCAUCUAAAUUGAAGGAACAUCAGAGAGUUCACACUGGAGAGAGGCCGUUCACCUGCUCGGACUGUGGGAAGGGAUUCACUUCUUCAUCCCAACUGAAGGUACAUCAGCGAGUUCACACUGGGGAGAGGCCGUUCACCUGCUCGGACUGUGGGAAGGGAUUCACACAGUCAUCUCAACUGAAAGUACAUCAGCGAGUUCACACUGGGGAGAGGCCGUUCACCUGCUCAGUGUGUGGGAAGGGAUUCACUAAAUCAUCUCACCUACUGAGCCACCAGUCAGUUCACACUGGCGAGCGGCCGUUCACUUGCUCAGACUGUGGGAAGGGAUUCACUUGCUCAUCCGACCUGAGGGUACAUCAGCGAGUUCACACUGGGGAGAGGCCGUUCACCUGCUCUGACUGUGGGAAGGGAUUCGUUAAAUCAUCUCACCUACUGAGACACCAGUCAGUUCACACUGGCGAGCGGCCGUUCACUUGCUCAGACUGUGGGAAGGGAUUCACUUGCUCAUCCGACCUGAAGGUACAUCAGCGAGUUCACACUGGGGAGAGGCCGUUCACCUGCUCAGUGUGUGGGAAGGGAUUCUCUCAGUCAUCUGAACUGAAGGUACAUCAGCGAGUUCACAGUGGGGAGAGGCCAUUCACCUGCUCAGUCUGUGGGAAGGGAUUCAUUAAAUCAUCUCACCUACUGAGACACCAGUCAAUUCACACUGGCGAGCGGCCGUUCACCUGCUCAGACUGUGGGAAGGGAUUCACUUGCUCAUCGAAACUGAAGAUUCUUGAAGGGGAACAAUGUGUCUUUGAGGAGUGGGAAGUACUUGUCUGAACCUAGUGAUAAAGGCAACGGGAAAGGAAAGAUGCAACAGGAAGGAUCUGAUGAAAUGCCAUUGUGGGCUGAAGAUAUGGCUUGGAAACAGUUCACUUAAAGACUAACUUGAAAAGAAUGGUAAUGAAAUGAUGUCAUUUCUGGGAAAACUUAAGGAUCUGGAAGCACAAGUCACUACACACAAAGAGGAAUUGAAGAUAAUUAAGCAAAAAUUGCUUGGAAGUAAAAUAAAGUAAAACUCGUUUGGAAAGAUAUCGAAAUAAGAUUAUAGACCUGGAAACUAGGUCUCACCGAAGGAAUAUACAAAUUGUUGGGCUGCAAGAAGGAGUUGAAAAUGGAGAUUUAACUGCUUACAUUGGUAAGCUUUUUCAUACCUUAUUUCCUUCUAUAUUAUCACAGCCGCCAACUACAGAAAAAACACACAGAACACUUCGAGAUCUCAAGAUCCAAAUAAACCAAGGGCUGUUCUGGUUUGUUCUCAAUAUUUUAAGAUUGAAGGUCAAAUAAUGUGACAGGCAAGAAAAGAGAGUUUUUAGAUUUGAGACAUCUGAGCUCGGUUUUUAUGAAGAUUUUUCUAAGGAGGUAAUGGAACAAAGAUUAAAAUUUACUCUGGUAAUGAAACAGGGAUAUGAUAAGAAAUUGUUUCCUUCCUUGCGUAACCCAAUGAGGAUUAAAGUUCUUCCUCCUAAUUCUCCUCCUCGUACAUUUUGUGAUCCUAAAGUUGCACUGGCAUUUGUUUAAACUAUACCUGCUUCGACUGCCGAUUGAACUGUCUGGCACAUUAUCUGCAUAAUAGCAUUUCGGAAAGAAGAUUUAUGAAGGCUACUUGGACACUUCAUUGAGAGAUUAUUAAAAGAAGAUUAGGGGACUUGUUUAUUACUGCAGAUCAUUGUUUUUUUCGCUUUCAGUUUGUCUUUCGAAUUUGAUGAUGCAAUCCUUGCCCACCCACCUUGGCGCCUGUCUCAGACAUCAUUGCAGAAUUCAGACUUUGUUAGCUUCAUUGAAAACCAGUGAGUUUAGUGGCGAUUGUGAUCUUGUCCCGCGAGAAGUGUGGUCUCUCCAUCUGUACCACUCGAUACUUGGUGGCCAUGGCUACGGCGGAUCUGCAUCUAUCGUCUUUGAGAUCAUUCUGUGGCGGUCAGACACAUUAUAGUGAAUAGUCGCGUCCGUAAGACGUUGAAGGGUCUAAGCAAGACGGAGAGCCGCAGUGACCUGGAGAUGGAGAGCAGGAGGAGGUCUGUGAUUUUACUUCUCACCAUCUCCGGAAGCUACAUCAUCCUCUGGUCAGUAUAUGUUGCCGAAUUUCUUUACCAUCCCAUUGCCGGGCUAGAUCAAAAUAAUUACAAUGACUCGGAGUACAUAUUUCAACACACCGGAUACAUGCUGAUGAUAUAAAGUUGCUGCACAAACACGUUCAAUUCAGUCCAAGUUCAGAGAGCAGUUCAUCAGCGCAGCGAAAUAUCCGUUGUCGUCAAUAAUUCAACUAAUUAAUAAACACAAUAUCUAAUUCCAGCAAGACAAGGUAUUAGUAUUUUCUAUCUUCACACAACAGAACCUGCCGUUUUAUGAGAACGUAGAAGCGGCGAUAAUAAAACAGGCUUAGAGCCCGAGAGAGACACCGCACAGGAAUAGAUUCUUCGGCCGCUUUUAAACA